UGGCUGUUCCAAUAACCGAGGGAGCUCCUGGCUCGGUUUUCUGCUUGUCAAAUUUGUAAGGUGCCUCGGGUGGCUCCAGUUCAUUGGUUGGUUGUCCGCGCUCGUGAUCGUCAUUUCCUUUGCUGGUCGUUUAGUUACUAGUUGUUUUUUUGGUUUGUUUGUUAGUGCUCUUUGUCCAAAAAAAAAAAAAAAAAAAAAAAAAAAAAAAAAAAAAAAAAAAAAAAAAAAACUACACCUAACGUUGAUAGGGUUGGGUUAGAGUAGACUUGUGUUUUGAGAAAUCUCUACAAUUGGGCCUUAAUCCAAAUUCCAAACCCUUUACAUUACAAUUUUGAUUUUUUAAAGUUUGGUCAUAAUUGGAGUUUUGUAACGGGCAUUACAGUCCUUUUCUCCAGUCACUGUUUUUUUUCCUUUUUUAUUUUUGAAUUUGAACAAAGUCAGAUACUUUGAAGAGAAGAUCUCACUCUCUUCUUUUAACGGUCGAAUUUUUCAAACACCUCUCUUUCUCUCUCAUCUCUCUCUAACUCUUUCUUUCUCUACCUUCCAUUUUCUGAUCAUCUUCAACCUCUAAUCUUUCAACAAGGCUGUUGGGUUGUGCUUCUGUGUUGAAUUAAGAUGGCUGUGGUCCCGACCGAUCCGAUUACACAAGUGGAAACGACCUGUGGAUCUUUAUUAUAUGAACUUCAGAUUAUAUGGGAUGAGGUUGGUGAAUCUGAAACCGCUCGUGAUAAGAUGUUACUUGAGCUGGAGCAAGAGUGCCUUGAGGUAUACAGGAGAAAAGUUGAUCAGGCUAACCGCUGCAGAGCUCAGCUAUUGCAGGCUAUUGCUGAUUCUGAGGCUGAGCUAGCCGCCAUUUGUUCUGCAAUGGUUGAGAGGCCAGUCCAUAUUCGACAGACUGAACAAAAAGCUGGAAGCCUAAAGGAAGAGCUAGAUGCCAUUCUUCCACAGCUAGAAGAAAUGCGAAAAAGCAAAAUCGAAAGGAAAAAUCAAUUUCUUGAUGUCAUUGGACAGAUUCAAAAAGUGUCCACUGAAAUAUAUGGACUGUCAGGAUAUGAUAGUUGCACAGUUGUUAUAGAUGAAAAUGACCUGUCUCUGAGAAGGCUCGAAGAAUUGCAAAACAAGCUGCAGUCCCUACAGAAGGAGAAGAGUGAUCGCCUGAAGCUUGUCAUGGAACACUUGAAUGAUUUGAGUUCAUUGUGUUCUGUCCUUGGGUUGGACUUUAAGGGAACUGUCAGAGAACUUCAUCCAAGUUUAGCUGAUUCUGAAGAAUCGCAUAGCAUAAGUACUGAAACACUUAAGCAGCUGGAGUCUGCCAUAUUUAGAUUGCGAGAGCUUAAGCUUCAGAGGAUGCAGAAGCUUCAAGAUCUUGCAACAAUGUUGAUCGAGCUUUGGAAUCUAAUGGAUACACCAUUUGAGGAACAACAACCUUUUCAACAUGUCACAUGCAAUAUUGCUGCAUCUGAAGAUGAGAUAACUGAGCCCAAUGUCCUUUCAGAAGACUGCAUAAAAUAUGUUGAGGCAGAAGUUUCAAGAUUGGAACAGCUGAAAUCAAGCAAGAUGAAAGAACUUGUCAUGAAGAAGAGAACAGAACUAGAAGAGAUUUGCAGGAAGACACACUUAGUUCCGGAAGCAGAUUGUGAAACAGAACAUCUCAUGGCAGCAAUAGAAUCUGGAGCUUUGGAUCCUGCUUCUGUUCUCGAACAAAUUGAGUCGGAAGUUUCCAAGGUCAAGGAAGAAGCAUAUAGCCGCAAAGAAAUACUUGAAAAGGUUGAAAAGUGGUUAUCAGCCCGUGAGGAGGAAGAGUGGCUUGAACAAUAUAAUCAGGAUGACAACCGGUACAAUGCAAGCAGAGGUGCUCAUCUCACCCUUAAGCGUGCUGAAAAAGCUCGAUCACUAGUCAACAAACUUCCAGGAAUGGUGGAGGCACUGGCUGCAAAAGCUCAUAGCUGGGAGAAUGAAAGAGGUGUUGAAUUUAUGUAUGAUGGUGUUCGUCUUCUUUCCAUGCUUGAGGAAUACAUGAUAUUGCGGCAAGAAAAGGAGCUAGAAAAGAAAAGGCAAAGGGAACAGAAGAAACUCCAAGGGCAAAUAAAUACGGAGCAAGAGGCACUUUUUGGCUCAAAACCAAGCCCAUUAAAGAGUGCCAAGAAGCCUUCCCGAAGAAUGUCUAUGGGAGGUCCAGGAGGAGGACCAAAUCGAAGGCUCUCCUUAGGAGGUAACAUGCACCAAACUCCGAGGCCUGAUUCAUCUCACUCAACUAGAGCAACACCGAGUUCCCGUUCUGUCAGAAAGGACGACAACAAUGGAGGACAAUCAACUGCGAGGAGGGCACUAGACAUUGCCAAUCUCCCGACUAGAAACUUCACAUUCAGUGGUCGUGAAUCUGACCCUACUACUGUGGCACGAAGACCUUUCUCCCCUAUUUCUUCUGUGGCAUCAUCAAGAGCAAAUGGAGAUUUCUUUGACGAUCAGAACAUACUGCAAAACAACAGUGUACAGAAAUCUCUGGCCAAAAACGAGACAUCCCAGAAAGUAGCUAGUGUAAGCAACACUUCAGUAGUUACUCCUUCAAAGAAGAUCCCAGCUGGUGAUGAAGAAAACCACACUCCCAACAAAAUGUUGUUCCCUCCACCUACAACGCCUAUGACAGUUUCAGCUCCCAUGCAAACAUCGAUGACUCCAGCUCCUUCGAAACCUCUUUUUGGUGAUAAUUUGGUAGGAGAAAAGGAUGAAGAAAUAGAAUACUCAUUUGAGGAAAGAAGAGCUGGCUUUGUGCUGCCUAGCACACAUCUAAGAAGAGCUCUACAAGUAUGAAACCUUAGGAAAACCUUAGUGGAUUUGGUUUUUUUUAUUUUUUUUGUUUGUUGGAAAUAUACUUUAGAUGAUGGUGAAGUCAAAUAAUAUCUGGCUGCUUAACCUUUCGUCCCACUUGUAAUAUAACCUGCGAGUUGUAAACUCUAAAUUGUUCUAAUCAACUGGACUUCUUAGUCCCUUGACCCUUGUUGAUGAAAUUUGAUAAUUCAA